GCAUUACAAAAACCAAAAAGGAAGAAGAGUGAGAAAUUUGAGCUGAGCGAAGCAGGAGAGGGAAGGGAUAAAGAAGAACAAGGCGGUUUGGAGUAUGAUUUCCACUAUGCAUCUUCAACCAUUAGCCAUUUCUUCUUCUUCCUCUUUCACCCAUAUUUCUUUGCUGCCUUCAUUCCCUUCCUUAUGCUUCUCGCAAAGCCACUCAAACUUAAGCACAAGCACAACCAUAUGCAAACGUUUCUUAUCUCCUUCUGUAAACGGAAAGUUCGCAACUUUACCAUUUUCAUCCACUAAGCGCCUCACUACAAGAGCCGCUGAGUACAAAUUUCCUGACCCAAUUCCCGAAUUUGCAGAUUCCGAGACGGAAAAAUUCAAAAGCCACCUUCUCAAGAAGCUUUCAAAGAGAGAUAUUUAUGGAGAAUCAGUUGAAGAAGUUGUAGGAGUUUGCACGGAGAUAUUUAGCACUUUCUUACAUUCCGAGUAUGGAGGUCCUGGUACACUCUUAGUUCUUCCUUUCGUUGACAUGGCUGAUACCCUAAAUGAACGGGGGUUACCUGGUGGGCCACAAGCUGCGCGUGCUGCUAUCAAGUGGGCCCAAGAUCAUGUUGACAAGGAUUGGAAAGAAUGGACUGCUGGUGAUAGCAACUCAUAGUCCUCUAAUAACUCUGAUACUUAUGGUGUAAUAGCUAAAUUUUAGCAGUUUUGAUAUUGCCUUCUAAGAUGGACUAUAAAAGACGUAGAUAGUUAUGUUUAGAAUGAUUGUUAGGAUAAUUAUACAGAGAAACGUAGUCAUUUGUAAGCAAAUGGAGCUUUAGGCAUUUGGUAAGGCUUUUAACUAGUAUUUUCUGUUUUACAUAAAAUCCAUUUCCAUAUUUUAUCAUAUUUUCUUUCAAAAUAAGUUUUUAUACCCACUGCUGUGAUAUUUCUAGUGCAUUAGUAUUUACAGCUAAAACAUAAGAAGGCAUAUGCCGGUUAAUCACGUCAAGUUAAUAUAACAUCUAGCAUAUAGGUACAUAGAUAUUUAAAGAACUUGAUGGCGUUUGGUACAUCUAAGGGAGUUUCCAAAUCAUUAUCUAGUAAUAUAAUUUUUGAGAAGUACUCUCUAAUAUUUGUAAUUAUUAGUUAGAAUUUAUGAAAAUUCCUAUCUUUGAAAGGU